AAAACAACUCAGAAUCAGAGAGCACCUAACCUUAUCUCUUUUUCUUUUGCAUACUAUCACUAAUGGCUCUUCCCCCAAAAUUUUCAGGUCAAAGAUUGCGGGCUGGUACUGAUCAACACCCGCAACACACGCUUGAACUCUAUCUUGACUAUGCAUGUCCUUUCUCCGCAAAAAUGUUCGAUACGUUCUACAACUCAGUCAGGCCUACACUUGAAAGUCAAUACCGGGGCAAACUGCAGGUCAUUUUUCGUCAACAUAUCCAACCCUGGCACCCAUCAUCAACAUUAACGCAUGAAGCGGGCGCGGCUAUUCUGAGAGUAGCCCCGGAGAAAUUCUGGGAAUUCAGUGCCGCUUUAUUCAAACAACAGAAAGAUUUCUUUGAUGUCAGUGUGGUUAACGAAACACGCAAUAGAACAUAUGAAAGACUGGCAAAGAUUGCCGGACUUGUGGGGGUGGAGGAGCGAGAAGUGCUCAAGCUUUUGACCGUUAGCGACAGAGCUAGUGAUGGCGGGGAACUGAACAUCGGCAACGAUGUCACCGAUGAUAUCAAGAAAAUGGUCAAAGCAGACCGUGCUGUAGGAGUCCAUGUUUCUCCGACCGUAUACUUCAAUGGUAUCGAAGAACCGGGGAUCAGUAGCAGUUUUACUGCUACCCAGUGGGGGCAAUGGUUGGCCAAGAACGUGAUCUGA